AUGACAACAUGCAAAUACCAUUCACUUUUCCAUUAUGCACCAUCUAUUGCCCUCGCUGCCUUUUACGCCUCUGCUUUCAGUAUAUCCGCAGUGUUACACCUCGGAGAAACGGUGUAUUUCAAGACCUGGUCAAUGAUGCCGCUUGUGGUUGGUGCUUGGUUUGAAGCCAUUGGAUACAUCAUGCGAUGCCUCUCUGCUAGCGAAGAAUUUGGUUGCUGGAGCCUUCCGCCGUUCAUAGUACACAGUGUCUUGGUAUUAGUCGCACCAGCCGCUAUUGCAGCCUCAUUGUACAUGCUCCUCGAGAAAAUCAUUCGUGUAUCUGAGGGAGAGUCAUACUCCAUUAUGUCUGCUAGGUGGAUAACUCGAAUUUUUGUGGCUGGAGAUAUAGUCUCAUUCUUGGUUCAAUCAUAUGGAGGCAGCAUGAUUACCAAGCCUGAUGCAAGCAAAUCGUCUCGAGAAACAGGGCAGCGUAUUGUGCUGGUUGGUCUGAUCGUCCAAAUUGCAUUUGGGGUGCUAUUCGUCAUCGUUUCCAGCGUUUUUCAUUAUCGAUUACACAAAAACUUCAAGUCCGGCACAUUCACCCAGGUUAAUCGAUGGCUUAUAACUCUCUAUAGCCUUGUGACCCUAAUUACGAUCCGAAACAUUUUCCGCGUUAUCGAGCACUCUGAGGGUAAAGAUUCUGAUUUAGUCAAACGAGAGUAUUUUGUCUACUUGUUUGACGCCAGUCCGAUGCUAUUUGGACUGCUCUGGCUUAAUUGGUUUCAUCCAUACAAAAUGAACAAGAGCGCCCUCUGCGAAUAUGGUUACCACGGCUACCCCCUGUCUAGCGGUUUCCAUAACUAG